CCUUCUUCCCCCGGAAUCUCCUCCGCUGAAUCCAAUUCCUCUGUACUUUACCUUCUUUACCUUUUUUUAAUACCCUCACAUCUCCCCUUCACACAUUCAAAAUGGGCAAGGACGCUGGUUUCGCUCCUGGUGACUCUGCCAAGGGUGCCAAGCUCUUCCAGACUCGCUGCGCUCAGUGCCACACCGUCGAGGCCGGCGGUCCCCACAAGGUCGGCCCCAACCUCCACGGUCUCUUCGGCCGUAAGACCGGUUCCUCCGACGGCUACGCCUACACCGACGCCAACAAGCAGGCCGACGUCACCUGGGAUGAGAGCACUCUCUACCCCUACCUCGAGAACCCCAAGAAGUACAUCCCCGGUACCAAGAUGGCCUUCGGUGGUCUCAAGAAGGCCAAGGAGCGCAACGACCUCAUCACUUACCUCAAGGAGGCCACCGCUUAGAUGUCUUCACCUUUGUGAAACCUUCUAGAUCCCGACCGGGACGUACGGGUCUGCCGCGACUCCGCGUGCUGGAAACAGCCGGUCACUCGGCCG